CGCGCCCCCCCUAAAUCCAUCCCUGCUCAUAAGAUCGAGAUCACAUUUAUAAACAACUUUUAUUUUAAUGUUUGAUUUUUAUUAUAGUUUGUACACACAAAAGUAAAUUUUACAUUUUAGAUAAACCUAGACUAGGCCCUACCACUUUAAAUUUUACAAAAGUAAAUUUUACAUUUUAGAUAAACCUAGACUAGGCCCUACCACUUAAAAUUUUACUCGUAUUUAAGAUGUCGGACACGCUUGACGCUCCAUAUAUCUGCGUCCACCUUUAUGUGAGGGUUGCUUACAAGUUACAACAAAUUCUGGUUUCCUUUUCGAGAAGACCGGUGGUGGAGCAACGGGGUGGUAUUCCGGUCAAGAUAAUGGAGCAUCAAAACCAUGCACAGAGAGGUAACAAACAUGGGAAUGGGCCCGAAAAACCAGAACAACAAAGUGAUGGCAAAAUAAAGAGACCUAAGUCCAAGCGACCAAAACUCUCCUCCCCUGAUGACGGCCGUCUCCACGUAGCUGAUCGGCAUAUCGGUGUCCGGCAUGCUUAUGAGAUAGUUGGCGUGCAAGAAGUUCCUUGACGCUUGAACAAAGCACGAAAAUCCGAGCAAGAAACAGACGAGGAGGCUUAUGUACUUCACUCCCAUGGUUUCCGGUCUCGUGUCACCGUAGAUCAGGUCACUGCUGAAGACGGUGCUGGAAUUGUUGCUGGCCAUCCAUGUCCCGAUCAGCGAGCUUAACGUUAGCGAAACGGUUGCGAGAAAAGUAGCACCGGUGUUGUUCGAGGAUAAAACCUCAAGAGCGGUGGCGACGACAGUGGGGCUGUUGCCGCUCUGAUCAGACGACGACGACGAGGAUGACGAUUGCAUGAUUUUUUCAACCCAUGCUCUCUUGUCGUUGUUUUCAAAGCCAAUGACUGUGGUGUGAGGGGUGUGAAGGUAUCUGUAGAGCAAGAAGAGAUGAUAAGCAAACAUAAAGAGGAGGCCUGCCGGGACUAGCAACAAGUCGAUGUAUUUCUUUUCGAAUAAUACGAACACCAUUAUUGUUUGUUAUUCGAAGGGUUAUUUUUAUUAUUAUUCUUAUUAGAAUCUUCA